AUGGGCCCGAUGCCACAAGUGGGCCUGCUAGAUGGAAACGAUUGGGUGAAGCGAGAAAGAGCAAUCGGAUGGAAGGGAGAGUGGCCGUGGGCGGAAGGCCCGGGGACGCAGGCGGGGCGAACAACAGGGGGCAGGUGGAGAGCGGCGGACAAACGGUGGAAAGCGGUAGUGAAGCCACACGCAAGGGGGACGGGGCAGGCAGCCAACAAGCGGGAGGCAGGCUCGGACAAGGGCAGGUGCGAGGCAGCAGGCACACUGAUCCACACAGAGGAGAACGCGCGUGCGAGGAAGCCAGGGCCAGGCGAAAAGGAGGGAGCGAGGGAGGGAACGCACGGGCAUAGGAAAGCAGGGCGCAGGCCGAUACUAAAGGGCAAAAGAAGGGGAGGCAGCGGAAAUAGCAAGGAGUGGAGAAGGGGAAAAGACCGAGCAGGAGGGGAGAGGGUGCCAAAGGGGAGCGGCAGGGCCCAAAUAGAAAAGGACGAGGCUGAAGAAAACAGGAGGACGAGGGAAAGGGGCCGAAAAGAAAAAAAGGACACAAGCAGCCAGGGCGGAGCGGAACGCAGGCCCGAAGAAGGCAGACCAGGCGAGAAGGAGAAGGGCCAGAGAAUAGGAAAGGGGAGUCGCGGACAGAACGGAAGCCAGCCAGGGCGCGACGGCGAGGCGCCAAGACAGGGAUGCAACAAGGAGGAGGGAGAGGCAAGGGAAACAGCAUCAGAGCGAGCCGGCGAGAUGGCAACCGGGAAAAACAGGACACACAGGCCGAGAGCUAAGCAGGGACAAAAGGCCCCUCCAGGGGGGCGAAAAGGCCCAGGGAGCCGACAAGGGGGCGAGUAUGCCACAGAAAGCCCACAAAGGCCGCAGAGGAACCCGUCGGGGCAGCGCAGGACAAGCUGCAGCAGCACAAGGGGCCACAGGACACAGGCACAGACUGUCAGCAGGCGGCAGCAGAAGCAGGCCUCAGGUAGGAAAGGGGAGCAGGGCGAGGGCGCAGGGGGGCAGGGGCCAAAGGGGGCAGGGAUAGAGAGGGCACAAGGGGCAAAAGAAGGGGAAAAGCAAACAGCCCAGGGGGCAAAGGGGUCGAAAGCGGGCGCGGGGGCACAGCUCCAGGCUGUCAACAAAAACGGCAACCAGGGCUCGGGCAGGCAACGAAGUGCAAGCGGAAAGGCUCAGUGGACACUAAGGGUGGGUGGACCGGGAGAGCGGUGCCAGCAGAGGGGCCCAAUGAGCGGCGCAGAACCCGAGGGCGGGGCAGGGCAAGGAGAUGGCGGCGCAGGCCAUACGCAAGCCGUGCCGCACAAGAAAGGCGGGGGCAAAUAG